CGACGCAUGGCGUAUGCACUGCGGCAGAGCCUCUGGACAGCACAUAUCUAUAGGGCUCGCUCACACGCAUUUUACACAUUCCUUGCUACAAUUCCUCGCAACCAUCAUGGAGAUUCCGUCGUUCAGAGAGCUUCUGCCCCCGCCUCCGAUGCUGCUGCCUAGGACUACCUCAGCCUUGCCUCAAGUUCACGCAAUGCCCAAUCAGCCAGAAGGAGGACGCAAGAGACGGCGACUGGAUUUUGUAAAGUGCGAUAAUUGUCGAGUGGAUAAGCAAAAGUGCCUGCCAAUCCCCAGAGAUUGGCCGCAGAAAUGCAUUCGCUGCGUGGAGAAAGACCUGCCAUGCUCGGAGGGAAAGCGCGCAGCGCGGAAGUCUAGAAAAGUUGAACAAACCGCGCUUUCGCCGCAACCCAGUCUUCAUAAUGACGCCCCGAAGGUCCUUGGUCUUGACGUUGAAGAUUGGGCGUUUCUUGUGAACUACCGCACAAUAAUGGCAGGCGCAAUGGACUGCCUACGGAAGUUGAGGACCGAGACCGAGAAACACUUCGACAUAAUCAUACACGACGGCAUGAAACCGGAUGCCGACUUCCUCAAAUUCGAAAGAUUCUUCGCAAGCCUGGAGGCCAUCGUAGUCAGAGGCGCGAAAGACGUCAUUACUUCAACACAGUCGCGCGGACAUCCCGCGGUGUUCUCUGCUUUCCUUGGGCAACUUCUCCCGCGGACUACUGUUUCUGAUGCUCCGCAUUGCCCUCUGGGGGAGCUGAAUACCGAAUAUGAAUCUCUCCGAGCUGAGAUUGCGCGGGCAGAUGACACUGCAAGCCAAUUCCUAUUUUGCACGGAACAAAUGAGAAUCCAUUACCAGUGCUCUCUGGACGACUGUGACGCGCACGAAUCACUCAGGCGGGAUACCCAGCGGAUGAUCCAACUCUCUGACAGGGUCCACGCCAAAGCGAAAGAUAUCCUGAUGAAGACACAUUUGUGGGAUCUGAUGCCGGCUUCGGUGCGCUAGUACGUAUCCUUUUUCUCAGACGAGUUCGUCAAGGUUUCCCUGGAAACAGAGGAUUGGGAAGAUCUAGAAGCGCUACAAGACAGUCUGGCGUGGUCACAAUUGCUAAUUUUGCUGGAUAACGGAAGCUUAUAUGAGACCCGUAGCUUUCUUCACGACUACAUCGAUGACGAGGUGACACACCGUGAUUACAUUCGAAGACAAGAUAUUCUCGGCCGCACAGCCUUACAUGUUGCUUGCCAAAAG